AUGAUGGAUGAUAAUUGGAAGCUUAGACGUACUUCUCUCUCAAAUGGGGUUCGAACGCUAGUUUUGUUUGGACGUACUGGGAAUGGAAAAAGCGCAACAGGGAACAACAUUCUUGGAAGAAAGGCCUUCAAGUCCAAGGCAAGUUCCUCUUCAGCUGGUGUUUUGGACACCUGUGAACUUCAGAGUACUGUGCUGAGAGAUGGACAGAUUAUCAAUGUCAUUGACACUCCUGGGCUGUUUGAUUUUUCUGCUGGAUCAGAAUUUGUUAAAUGUAUCGACUUGGCCAAGGAUGGGAUCCAUGCCGUUCUUGUAGUUUUUUCAGUUAGGACCCGCUUUUCACAGGAAGAGGAAGCUGUAGUUCGUAGCUUGCAGAAAAUAUUUGGAAGCAAAAUUGUCGACAACAUGAUUGUAGUCUUCACUGGAGGAGAUGAACUUGAAGAUGAUGAUGAGACAUUGGAAGAUUAUCUGGGUCGUUCGUGCCCUGAGCCUUUGAAGGAAAUCCUUGUCUCGUGUAAAAAUCGGAUUGUGCUUUUUGAUAACAAAACUAAGGAUGAAGGCAAGAGGGUUGAACAAGUUGAGCAGCUUCUCUCCCUUGUAAAUAGGGUCAUAGCACAGAAUGGUGGACAACCAUAUACGUACAAUAAUGAGUUAUUUGCUGAAUGGAAGGUUGAGUCGAAGCUGAGAGAGACAACUACCAGGCUGGAACAACAAUUGGCGGAAGAGAAAGCUGAAGGAGUGAAGGCUGAAGAGCUUGCAGAUCAGUUAAAUAAAAAGAUUUCUAAUGAUGAAAUUCGCGAGCUCAGAAGGCAUCUAACAAACAGAAAGGAGAAGCUUCUUCACAGGCGUGGUGGGUAUCAGUGUCCCAUUUUAUGA